AUGCCGCCCAAAGGAAGAGCAACGGUUUCCGUGGGACAGAAGAAGGCCAGUAUUUUGCAAUUCUUUCAAGAUGAGCAUUCUGUUUACAACAUCAAAGAGUUGGAAAAGCUUAUCCCAAAAAAGUGCAACGGGGUGUCAUCAAUGCUUGUCAAAAGUCUUAUCCACGAAAUGAUCGAUGAAGAUGGCAUCAUUUCGGUGGAGAAAUGCGGGAGUACUAACAUUUAUUGGUGCUUCAAGAAUCAGAUAAUCAUGAAAACACGGCAGGAGCUGACGUCCCUGCAUUCGCGUAUAGACAUUGCCCAGCGCGAUAUUAUGCAAAACAAGGCUUUGGUUCAGGAAAAUCAGUCAAGCAUUAGAAAGGAGAAUUACCAAGUGGAGGGGAAAGCGGUCUGCAGAAGCGAGCAGCUUGCGAGACUAGAUGCUCUGGACGCUCAACUGAAAGUGCUACGUACUGUCUUGGAACAGAAAACGGAAAAUCAGUGGGAUCAAGAGAAAAUCUCGGAAAGAAAUCGAAUGUUUUCCUCACAAAUCCUUAAACUGGAGUCUGUGACCGACAAUAUUGAGUUGCUGACAAGCUUUCUAUGCAGGCAGUUUAUGAUUGAUGUGAAAAGUUUGAAGACGGAACUUGAAAUUCCAGAGGAGUUUGUAGAGUUUGCGCAUCUGCCAAAUUUUACAUAA